AUGUCCUGGCAGACGUACGUCGACACCAACCUCGUGGGCACUGGCGCCGUGACUCAGGCCGCCAUCAUCGGCCACGACGGUAACACGUGGGCCACCUCUGCUGGCUUCGCCGUGAGCCCCGCUAACGGCGCUGCUCUGGCCAACGCCUUCAAGGACGCCACCGCCAUCCGUUCCAACGGCUUCGAGCUCGCUGGCACGCGUUACGUCACCAUCCGCGCUGACGAUCGCUCGGUCUACGGUAAGAAGGGCUCGGCUGGUGUCAUCACCGUCAAGACCUCGAAGGCCAUCCUCAUCGGUGUCUACAACGAGAAGAUCCAGCCCGGUACCGCCGCCAACGUCGUCGAGAAGCUCGCUGACUACCUCAUCGGCCAGGGUUUCUAA